GGGAAAUCCAGCUGAAAGGCAAGCAUUAUUGGAACGCCCGCUGAUAUCCCGAUGAAAAGUGAAACGACAGUUAUUGCUGGAAGAAACAGCCGUCGGAGACCGGAGUUCUCCUUACCCAUCGUAGCAGUGGGCAGCUCCAAGAAUCUAUCAUUUUAUGGAGAUCGUUCUUGUCAGUACCCUGAAGAAUCUAUCAUGAAAGUGGCCGUUGACUCGUUCCUGGGCCUACAUCGAAGAAUCCAGCAUUUGGUGGAUACCCCAGAGUUGUUGGGUCCGCCGGUUAGGCAGUCGUCGACACAUUUUUAUUAUCCCGAGCCGGGGGCGGAGUAUAAGUAUUUUAAAUCAGAAGAUAAAAUCCGGAGUAUAGUACGAUUAAACUCCGUGUACUGGCGAUACCGUGCCCCUCAUCCCGAUCUUCGAGAAGUUUUGGCCGAGGCACGAAAUACCGGCGCCGUUAGCCAUCGAAGAUUCGAAAGACCAAGGUCGCAUCCAACAGAACAUCAUGCCAGAGUGCCAGACUCAACAAAACGCAUGGCCUGGUCAGAGAACCAGCUCGUUGCGGUGGGAACAGUAUUCAGGCUACAGCGUAGGGCGGAUACUGCCACUAAAAUUACCGUCCCGCAGAUCCCCAACGCGAUCUCGGUAUCGAUAAAGCUCCAGUAGGAAUGAAAAUCAGAGCGCCCAACAACAGCUGGUUGUGAAGCUGACCGCACAAAAAGAGGGCCCAAUGUCCCCCCACCACCGCUGUGCUGUUCCAGCCCGCUUGAAUGAACCUUGUA